AUGCGUCCACCACCUCAGACUCCACAGUCACCAUCGCAUUAUCAUCACCAUAAUCAACAUAAUGUAUCGCAACUUCAUCAAGCACCAUUAUCACCAUUAUCACCAAUGAUUAAUACUAACAACAAUAAUGUUUCUCCGUUGCAUUAUCAUCCAUAUGCAGCUACUUACAAUAAUAAUAAUCAUAAUAAUCAUCAUCAUUAUCAUUCGUCAUCAGCAGCGGUAGGAGAUGGUGGAGGUGGUGGAUCGAUUCCGCAACCAUCACUAUCACAACAACAAAUGAUGAUGAUGAUGGAUCCAGCAUGUGAAUUGUUGGCAGAGAAAAGACGUAGAAACGCUGGUGCAUCUGCUAGAUUCCGUGAUCGUCGUAAGCAACGUGAACGUGAAAUGCAAGAAAAAUGUCAAUUUUUGGAGAAGCGUGUGCAGGAACUGGAAAAUAUGGAUAAUGCCAAACGAAUUGUUGAAUUGGAAAAAAGUUUGGGGGAAGCGAUCAAUGAAAAAGAAUCUGAUAAAUCAAGAAUCCGGGAACUAGAAAAAGAGGUUGAAAGACUUUCUUCAAAAUUGUGUGAUAGUAGUGAAUACGUUGAAUCUCUUACACCACCAUGUUCAUCUUCUGGUGAUUAUGAUUCAAAAGAUAGCGUAUUUGAGGAAUCAAUGAUUGCAGCAGUGACUAAAAAAACAUCAUCAGAAGCUUCCACAACAAAUUCUUUACCUACUCCAACUACUCCAGAAACUGGCCCACCUAUUCCAACAACAAAACCAGCGAGGAUAACAAAUUUCAACUGA